AGGUCAGGAGGGAAAGGACCCCAGGGAGUGGGAGCCACAGCCACAAACCUGGGACUCCUUUUCAAGGAAGUCCUCGCUAGGACCAGUGGGGCUCAGUGAAUGCUGCUGCAUAGAGGGUGGGACUGUCUAGUUCCUGCAGGCUGGAGGUGAUCCUGCUGUUCCACUUGAUGUGGUGGGCUCGCGCCCGUCAAGAGCAAGCGUUGGGAUUCUGCAGUCCCAGUGGUCAGUUGAGAGCCACCCUCGAACAGGUCAGGAGACACCAGGCUCCUCUCUUGAGCUGGGCCUGUUCAGGGACUGCAGGCAAGGCUAGGCCAGAGGAAGCUGAGAACUGCUGCUAACAACCAUGGCAGCACCUGGACAAAAAGCCAAGAGGGGCAAGGAAGAUAGAAAAGGAUUUCGAGGCUACAAGUGGGAAUUCAAAGACAGCAAUAAAGACUUCUGGACGCAGGGACAUGCAGAGACCAAGUCUCUGAGUGUGAUCUGCAUAAUGAUUGCACUGAUCUGUUUCCAAAGAGUGGCCACGCACCCCAUGCUGAUCCUGCUCCUCACAAUGGAAAUGUCAAUUAUUUCUUUCUUCUUUUUCCUCUACUCCUUUGCCAUCAACCGAUACAUUCCCUUCAUCUUCUGGCCUAUGAUGGAUCUCAUGAAUGACCUGUUCAGUACCUGCUUCCUCAUAUAUGGUGUAGUCUUUGCUCUUUCAGCAAGACGAGAAUAUCCAGAGGCCUACUUAACUGCUAUGAUCUUCACGGCACUUGCUGCAUUUUUAACUCUCGUUGACCUGUGUCUUCAGAGGAGACAAUUCAAAACCAGAAAGCUUCGAAGGUAUAUUCUACUUGCCCCAGACCAGGCUGGCAAGAUGCAAGACCCGAAACUCCUGGCAAUGCUGUUGGCCAAAGAGGAUGAGGAAGAAGAGCAAAGGAGGCUGGCAGAGAAAGCAAAGAAGGCGCAGGAGGAUCCUGGGUGGUGACAGGUCAGGGAGAGCUGUAAACUCUGCAGCCAGGCUUUUCUCCUCUCUCCCUUUGUCAGCUUUCUAGCAGAGUCUUCCAUCAAUAAACACAUCCUGGAAAAGA